CACGAUACCCACCCCAACAUCCACCAAGCGGCGCAGAAACCGGUCGAUAAAGCAAUUCCUGACGUUGAUGCGGGCACUUUACCUCCGCUCGCACGAACAUAAAUUCCCAGUAGUGAAACCAUAGAGGUGUUUUCUCUUCAACCGUACUCGCUGCAAUCGCCUCAGGAAAUAGCACCACACAAUGACCAUUGGAGUUGCCUUCAUCGGCGCAGGCCUCUUCGUCAAGGACUACCACCUGCCAGGAGUCCAAGCCACGCCUGACCUUGAGCUGAAAGCCGUCUACUCUCGCUCGGUGAAAUCCGCCUCCAGUAUCGCUGCAGACCAAAAUUUGGACUGCUACGCCGAAGAUGCGGAUCAAGGUCUCGACCAGCUGCUCGCGCGAGAGGACAUCCAGGCUGUGAUAAUCGCCCUUCCCAUCACCCAUCAAGCCCAAUACGUCCGUGCCGCCCUUUCAGCCGGCAAACACGUCCUCUCCGAGAAACCCAUUGCAAAGGACCUUGCUGAAGCGACCGCCCUGCUAGACUGGUACCACACCACCAUCCUACCUGCCGGUAAGGCCACAUGGUCCGUGGCCGAGAACUACCGUCACUUCGACACUCUCCGCCACGCGCGUGCCCAGCUGCAUCGGCUCGGUCGCAUCCGCCAGUUCCGGGUGCAGGUGUACUUGGAUUGUCGGCCGGGAAAGUUUAUGUUCUGGCCUUUCUUUGAACGAGCCUGGCGUCAACAACCCGAUCACCAAGGCGGAGCAGUGUUAGACGUCGGGGUCCACCAUGUAGCGGCGAUGCGGUAUCUGCUGGGUGCCAGAGAGAGCGAUCGCAUCACACAGGUGAGUGCGCUGGUGGGCCGGUUUGCGGAUGCGCUGCCGCCGGUGGACACGGUGGACGCGGUGCUGCGGACUGAGUCCGGGGCGCAGGGGACUUUUCAGUUUUCUAUGUGCUCGAGUUUGACGGAAAGUGGGUGGACGGUGGUUGGGGAGAAAGGCCACGUGCGGGUUAACGAGGAUGUGGUGGUGGUGACUGUGGAGGACGAGCAGGAGAUGGAGGCGAAACGGCCGUCGGAGAAACUGGCGGUGGUGAAGGAGAUUCGUGCAUGGGGAGCGGCGUUGGUGUCGGGGGAGUUCCAGCCAGAACAGCGGCCGGAGGAAGCAUUGGCGGAUCUGGAAGUGAUUGAGUUGAUGCUGAAGAGUGGAGAGGAGAACGGGGUGCCGCAGACCACGAUGUAUCAGAUUGUCUAA